UCCUGUCAUCUCUUGUCAUCAUCCUUGUAUCAGUACGUAAGUGUGUGUGUGUGUGUGUGUGUCUGUAUGAAGGUGCGAGCUCGGAUCUUGAAACUUUACACAGGGAUUCAGAAACAUGACAGAGUCUGAAGACAAGUUAGGUGAAUACAACAUGACCAUGGCUCUGCAAAACAACUCAUACACAGCAGUUUCCCGUCCAGAUUGGCUGUUGUACGUGGUUCCUUCUAUUGCCUUUGUACUUGGAGUGUUCCUAUUCUCAGUGGUCUUCAGAACACAGCGUCACAGAGAGACAGAAGCAUUUCGGCGAGUCGCUGCACUAAAGACCAUCAUGAACGCAACCUCACCAGGACACACAUACGCAAGGUACACAAGUCAAGGACCCAUGGGAGCAGAGAAUAAGGAUUUCAGCAAACUGCAGAACUCCAGCGAAACUCAAGGAAACCUUACAAAACAAGAGGCCCAGUCUUAUGAGAACGUUACAACGGUAAUCUACAGUAAUGAGGAUAAAGUCAACUACUGCGUCCGUCAGGAUGAAGAUUAUGUCACUCCUGAUGCAGCAGAUGAAGUGACAGAACCCGAAAAGACCACCUACCUUCAUUCACAUCACAACCUUACAGACACCGAUGGAGAGUCAUAUGAAAACAUGGAUGGGUGUGUGUAUGCUCAUCCUCGCCAACCCACACUAAAGAAUGCACUCAGCACUGAGGACGAUGAUUAUAUUAAUCCUGAUGAAGAGGAAAAACACAACCUGGAACAGACAGAUACAGAGUCCUAUGAGAACAUGAAUGGCUCAGUAUGUCCCAACACAGACGCACAAACCAACACACACACUGUGGAUGAAGGCUGGUAUGAGUGCAUGGACAGAAGACAAAGAAGCGAGAAGCACACAUAAUACAGGAUAUUAGUGAGGGGUGAAAGGAAACCAACCCACACACACACACACACACACACACACAUACAAUUUAUUCAUAUCCAAUAAGCAAGUAGUAAUACAGGACAUACAUAAUAGAGAUCAAUACAGAAUACAGAAAAAUACAUCAUCUUACAGUUAAAACAUGGACAGUAUCAAGAUUAUCAUGAAUAUAAAUAGCAGCUCUUCACUAUAUAUAUGACGGCUGCCAGUGAUAGCAGACACUGAACAGUAUUUUGCUAGCUGUUUAGCUCUCCUUUUAGGCAGCGCUAGCAGCUGUAAGCCCCUGGUGACCAGUCUGUGGACGUGUCCUAGGCUGCUGUAUAUGAAGACCAAAAGUCUACACUUGUAGCUGAGCUCUGAGAUGUUCCUCAGGAGCAGUUGGUACUUGAUAACCUUAGUCAUGAAGGUUUCCUCGAGGCCUGUAAGAUAAAAUAUCUGUCUGAACUCUUCAUUUACAACAACAACAUCUGGGUUAUUAGCAGAGAGAUUUGCAAAAAUGAAUGAAUCAUUGUUACGGAAGAUGUACAAUGUACAAGAAGGCUUGUCCAGUUUCACAGAAGAAGCUAAAUGGAUUGAUAUUUCUUUCGUUAUGAAGUCUACUAUUCUAUUCUAAACCAUCUAUACAGGAAUAUUUCGACGUCUGUACGCAUAUAAACCUCGUAUUCGGAAUACGGCUGCAACCCGAAUAAGGACCUUAAACGGAAUACUGAUGUGCAUGUAAACGUAGCCAUUGAGUAUAAUGUUAGUGUGUAAGUGUCAAGUGUGUGAAGAGAAAUACUGCCCUUUACUGGCGUGAUGGAAGAUGAAUAAAAUAUUCAGCAUUUGUUCAGGCUAGCGUCAGUUAAGAAUCCAUUCAGGAAUUAGCUGUGUUUUAUUUUAGGACCAUGACACAGGAACUUCAUUAUAAACCAUGCUGUAAUUUUGUAAAAUAUCAUAAUUCUGUUGUACGACUUGUAAUUAAUAAAAAAAUAAAGUUGAUUACUUAUUUCAUAUAAAAUUUUUCAUACAUAAUGUGACGUGUACAGUGUACUCUAGUUGUCCUGCCUUCACAAUUAGGACACUCUGGUCAUUUUUAUUUAAAAAAAAAAAAAAAUGGAGACCAUGCUACAUGGUAGAAGAAAAAAUACAGAAGAAGAAAAAAGUCAGUAGAGCACUGGAGUCAUGUAGGAUAAAGAGCCUGAACCCUGGUUACUGUCUG